AGCUGAAUUACUUGGCAGCACAUGCUACCUCCAUGUGGAAGUGCAGCCUCGUCCCCCACAAGCACCCACAAUUCUUUCCACAGCCAAUCACUGCCCUAUCCAGCCUGCUGAGCGCAAGGCGGCCAAAUUCCAACCUGCCACGACCAUCAACCACCUUAUUAAUCGCAGCUGAGCCAAACAUCAGCCAACUUUCCUACGAAAACAAGUCUACAUCAAAUGCAACGAAGUCUUUCAGCCGAACACAACUUAUGAAUAAAGAACAAACCCCUAAACGAACAUGUCACGAAACUACCCAGAAAAUACCUCAUCCGGACCCCCCUCCCUCUCGGCCUCAUCCUCCUGGGUAAUGCCCUCUACAGUAUCCCACGCCGUGACAGGCCUGCUGCGUAGAUUCUCGACCGAGCCUUCGGCUACUAAGAACGGAUCGCCUGUACAUUCCCCUACAUUCGGCGCUACGAGAACAAAUCACCACCAAAAUGGCAUGGACGGCGUGUACACCCCUCCGUAUCGAACAGCCUCCCCAUUUCAACCACCACCUCUCUACCCUGUCAAUUUGAAGGGAUAUCAUUCGAGUACGCCUCAAUCAGCGAGGCUAUUGAGCAAAGCGCUGGCGGAAGAGAUCCGGUUACUGGUACCAGCAAGAUUACAGUUAUGCGAAGAGUGGAAUUUGGUGUACAGUCUCGAGGAGGAUGGGGUUAGUCUUGGGACACUGUAUAAGAAAUGCGAUGAGCUGCGAGGAUUAAGGAAUGGAUUCGUGCUGGUUGUGAAAGAUGGGGAGGGUGGGUUAUUCGGCGCCUAUCUGACAGAAGCACCACACACAGCACCGCACUACUUUGGCACAGGCGAAUGUUUCCUUUGGCGUGCCUCAAUUCUGACAGCAGCCUCCAUACCGACACAUCUCCCUCCUCCGCCAUCAGCAGAUACUACCAACGCAGUCCGCAGCACAACAGUCGGAAUUGGCUCGCCACGAGCCCCUCCAGAUCUCCUCUCUCCAACGUUCCACUCUCAAAUGCAAAACCCCACAUCACCAGCACAAUCCACAUCCUCUCUCCUCUCUCCGCUAAACCCACAUUUCCCAUCCGGGCUCUCGACACCAGAACGCAUCCGGUUCAAAGCGUUUCCCUAUUCUGGCGUCAACGACUACAUGAUGCUGUGCGAGACAGGCUUCCUGAGCGUUGGUGGUGGAGACGGCCAUUAUGGACUAUGGCUGGACGAUACAUUCGAGAAGGGUAUUAGCAGUCAUUGUCUGACGUUUGGGAAUGAGCCGUUGAGCGAGGAGGGAGAGAAGUUUGAGAUUCUGGGUGUGGAAGUUUGGACUAUCGGGAAUUCGUGAAACCUUUUCAUGAGAAUGGUGGAGCAGGAGGAGGUACAUAAAAGCCGGAUAUUGUGAAUACUGACAUGGGAGAAAAGGUCUUUUCGGGUUAACAUGGUGGGACUUGAGGUGGUGAGAAACAUCCUAUAUUUGGAGGCGGAUCGAAUGCAUGAUACCCGGAUGAAAUAUUUGACAUUCUUGUGUACAUUUGGGAUCAGGGGAACAGUACUGGGUUUCAUGGAGUAGGGGUGGAUUUGGGCGGGUCAUGUUUAUAGAUUUCUUCUCACGCUCGCGCACGCUCUACCCGGCAGAAAGUGAAUGAAUGGCAAUGGUACAAAAGUAAAU